GCGGAGCCGUAAAGCAACGUGGAGCCUUCGCCGCCCGCCGGGCGCCCUUGAAAGCACCGUGGGUCAUGGCAGGCACGGCGCGCGGCUGCGGAGCCGGCCUGGACCUGCUGCGGUCCUUGCCGAGAGUGAGCCUGGACAACCUGAAGCCGAGUCUGAACUCCAGAAAGCGGGAAAGGCGCCCAAGAGACCGGAGAAGAGGUAGGAAGUGUGGCAGAGGCCAUAAGGGAGAAAGGCAGCGAGGAACCCGGCCGAGGCUGGGCUUCGAGGGAGGGCAGACUCCAUUUUACAUCCGAAUCCCAAAAUACGGAUUUAAUGAAGGACAUAGUUUCAGGCACCAGUAUCAGCCUUUGAGUCUCAGGAGACUACAGUAUCUCAUUGAUUUAGGUCGAGUUGAUCCAACUCAGCCUAUUGACUUAACCCAGCUUGUGAAUGGGAGAGGCGUGACCAUCCAGCCACUUAAAAGGGAUUAUGGGGUCCAGCUGGUUGAAGAGGGUGCUGAUACUUUUCAAGCAAAAGUUAAUAUUGAGGUGCAGAUGGCUUCAGAAUUAGCCAUUGCUGCAAUUGAAAAAAAUGGCGGUGUUGUUACUACAGCCUUCUAUGACCCACGAAGUCUAGAAAUUCUGUGCAAGCCUGUUCCGUUCUUUCUGCGGGGACAACCCAUUCCUAAAAGGAUGCUCCCUCCCGAGAAGCUGGUGCCCUACUACACCGAUGCGAGAAACCGGGGCUACCUGGCUGACCCUGCCAAGUUUCCUGAAGCAAGACUUGAACUCGCCAUGAAGUAUGGCUACGUGCUUCCCGACAUCACGAAGGAUGAGCUCUUCAGGAUGCUUAGCACACGGAAGGACCCGAGGCAGAUUUUCUUUGGGCUUGCCCCUGGCUGGGUGGUGAAUAUGGCAGAUAAGAAAAUUCUAAAGCCCACAGAUGAGGACCUCCUCAAGUACUACAGCUCCUGAACUGCCUUCCAGUGAAGCAGACGGAGCCAGACGGCUUCUUGUGGGUCUUAAAGUUUUGGGCGGGGCUGGUACCAGCCGUCACAGGCAGCAAGAGCUGUGCGGAGGGUGUGUGUUUGAAAAAUUCAAGCAGUGGCAGUCUUUAGAAAGGUGAUUAAAGGGGGCUGGAGAGAUGGCUCAGCAGUUAAGAGCACUGAUUGCUCUUUCAAAUGUCCUGAGUUCAAAUUCCAGUAACCACAUGGUGGCUCACUACCAUCCAUAACAAGAUUGGAUGCCCUCUUCUGGAGUGUCUGAAGACAGCUACAGUGUAUUUACAUAUAAUAAAUCUUAAAAAAAAGAAAGGUGAUUAAAAAGAACAAACUUACUUGAAAUCACCUUCUUGUCAGGGGUGGGGAGACAGUGUGUUUGAUAAAUGGUUUCUCUGUGUAGUGCUGGCUGUUCUGGAACUUGCUCUAUAGACCAGACUGGCUUUGAACUCACAUAGUUCUGCCUGCUUCUGCUGGGAUUAAAGGCAUGUACCACCACUGCCCAGCCUGACUUUAAAUAGUUUAAAACAUUUCUUUACUGUUCA